AUGGAAGCCUUGCUCGGUGUUGUCCUGGAACAAGUCGAAGGCAGUGAGGAUGUUUUGAUCCAAAUGCUGGAGGAACGCUUCCACGAAGGUUUAGAGGGUUCUUCAUGGGCAGUCCAUCUCGUGGAAGAUCUGGCGGAGUCAUGGAGGCAAAGCCAGCUGGGAAAGGAAAUGGAACGUCUCAUUCCGAGGACCGGUGAUGGCGAAACGGAGGCGGAGGUCGAGAGGGAGCAAGAGCUUUACAAGUCGAACCUGCGACAGACGACAAGAUACCGCAUCCUACCAGCACAACUAGGAGAGACAGUCAACAGUCCCGCCCGAGGCGUUACAUCUCAGAAGCCUAUUCGGCCAAUGAAUGCCUUCAAGGCUCUUGAAACUGAGGGACCACACUCUCCUUAUCAUGAGCUAACAACGCUUCCCGACCACAGCGUUGCCUUGAUCGAGUCCUACUUCAUCGUUGUCCACAGUUGGUUCCCUAUCGUCGAGCGCCAUCAUGUCUACCGAACGUACUAUCAGUACGCGAAAGGGCAAGAGGUCCCUAGUCAAGGCUGCUUCAGCUGCCUGCUGGCAAUACUAGCUGCCGCUGAAGUACGGCGAGCUUUUCAAGCUGCGUCAGAAGAUAGCGACUCGGUAAGGACGGCUCUUGAGUUGCUUCAUACAGCCCUGGAGUCCAUACCCAACCAGUACCAAGCCGUGGAACUCGGCCAUGUGCAAGCGUUACUCAUAUUGUCACUGGCAUACGUGGACAUGGGACGCCCCGAAGAAGCAUGGGUGAUUGUGGGCAGAGCUGCUCAGGCGCUGCAGCUCGCCGGAGAGAGAUUGCAGAAGGACAAAGACAAGUUCACGCACGUCUUCCGCGGUUACCAAAUGCUCGAUUGCAUUCUUGCGACCAAGCUACGCUUGAUGCCGUACCUGUGGCAUGGACCGCUGUCGAAUAUGGGCAAGGUGGAGGAGGAUGGCAUGGAAGAGUGGGCUUCUGUUGAUGGGAUCUUCUACUGCCGCACGAAACAUCCAGGCCCAAUGUUGGCGCUCAGCACAUUCAACCAGCUUGGCGAUGCCGCACAUGAGCUCGCAGAGGUCUUCGCUACAGACCAAUCGCCAGGUGAUCGCUCCGACGGAAAGGUCGUCGACUCCAAUGGCCCCGCCGAUACUGGAUCCAGGCGUCGACAGCAUAACGGUAGUUUCGAUGUUUUGACUCCACAACGACUGACACUUUAUCUGCUCCGCCUUACGAAAGAUUUGGUCAGAAGCCGGCAAGAUGAUGACCAAAAGGUCUCUGCAUCGAGAAUCCGCGAGCUUUCUCAAACAUAUACGACGAACAUUGACAUGUACCAGCCGCAUGCGAUUCCAGCAUUGAUUCAGGUACUUUGGACGAUCAUCAUUGAUCAUGCAGAGAGAUUUCAGGCAACGGAACGUACAUCAGCAUUGCAAGGCAUACGGACAGCGCUGUUGGCAACACCAGGGUCUCCCAUACUGUCCAUGGCCAAGCAGAAGCUCUCGCACGCACUCUCGAAUCGACAGAGAACUGCAGUAGAGCCUUCAAUGAUACCUCUUACGCCUAUGACGAGCAAAAACUCCCAAGCAGAUAUUGUGCCUCGCCCAGUGGUAGAUCUUAUGCUCACAAAGCGAAUGCCCGCUGUCGCCGGACUGGGGAUUCAGGAUGUCGACUUCAGUCUAAUGCCAGAGCUCGAGGAUGAAUCUGGAGUUCCCGACCAAACACUAGAUCAGAUCAUGGCGCAACUUCAAGGUACCACCGUUGUACCGACUGCCAGUGCGCCGAUCAGCCCUGAAAUGGGCUCGAAUCUGGGAGCUAGCAGCCUCAAUAGCAACAGCCAAGCUCAAGCUGAGGGCUACACCGACCCUUUCUCAUGGGACAACGAAUGCGAGAAUAGUCUUCAGAACUUGGGGUUUCCUAUCCUUGAUGACCGUGGCACAACCAUACACCCCCUGCUGAACCUGCCCGCUUUGCCACGGUGA